UUUCAUUUAUUUAUUUUAUUUUAUCAUUUCUUCAUGUUAUUUUUAUUUUUAUUUUUAUUUCUUUUUCCUCUUUGACAUGAACCCUCCGACUCGGAUCCUUUCCACCCUUUGGCAAUUCCUCUCAAAAAAAAUCUCCCCACAACCGCGCGCUGACUUAGCUUCUAGUUCGGUCUUUAGUCUCCGGUAAUCCACCUGAAUUUCUGUUGACAUCAACCGUUUUUCCUGCGCUCGCCUUCUCCGACCCCCUUUGACCCUUCACUCGAGUCCAAGUGAUUGCCUCAGGUCCGGUGGCGCUGUCAAUUCCACGACCUGCAUAUUAUCCCCAAUUUCCCCCCCUCCCUCCGUGGCAUUGGUUGGCAUUGGCAUUGUGACCGAUGUAACGCAUCGCGUUAUCGCUGCCUUUGCUCUUCCAGCCCACCCCCGCCCCCAAAGGGACCCAGUAUCAGACCAUCCCAUUGCUUGAAAUCGCGAUUCAUCACCGAGAUCUUCAGUUGUUCACGAGACACGAAUCUAACGAAGUGUACCCUUUAUCUAUUCAUCUGAUCUGGCCGGUUUGCGUGAAUUGCAUCGUCGCAUCAUACUCUUUGGUGGAGAUUUAGGAGAUACGGUAUAGCAAAGAUUGUGUUGGAAGAGGUCGAUUGAACCAAGUAUCGCAUCGUCCCGGUCCAUUCGAGGCACCAGAAUAACUUCAGUUGAUUGAGUGGGAACUACAAUUGCUGUUUCAAUGCGGCCGCAACGGGAAUAUCAUAUUGUCGUGCUCGGCGCUGGUGGAGUUGGAAAGAGUUGUCUUACUGCUCAAUUCGUCCAAAAUGUGUGGAUUGAGAGCUAUGACCCCACGAUCGAAGAUUCAUAUCGCAAACAGAUCGAGGUAGACGGGCGACAAUGCAUUCUAGAAAUUCUUGACACUGCAGGAACAGAACAAUUCACUGCCAUGAGAGAACUUUACAUGAAACAGGGCCAAGGGUUUCUCCUGGUAUUUUCCAUUACGAGCAUGUCCUCGUUGAACGAGCUGUCCGAACUACGAGAACAGAUCAUCCGCAUCAAGGAUGACGAGAAAGUCCCCAUCGUCAUCGUAGGUAAUAAAUCCGACCUGGAGGAGGAUCGCGCGGUGCCCCGUGCUCGCGCCUUUGCCCUCUCCCAGAGCUGGGGCAACGCUCCUUACUAUGAGACAUCGGCUCGCCGACGAGCCAACGUCAACGAGGUCUUCAUUGACCUCUGCCGACAGAUCAUCCGAAAGGACCUGCAAGGCAACUCCAAGGGUCGCGACGAACCGCCCAAGCGGGAAAAUUCGAAUCGACCCGAUCGCAAGCGAGAACGACGACAGAAGACGAAACGUAAAGGACCUUGUGUGAUUCUAUAAAUUAACGAAUGUUAUAAAUGAAGGAGGGGCAGGAGACCAACGACUCGCUCCUCAAUCGUAUUUGAACCAACCUACCUCACAUCUCGACGCAUUUCUCAAGCCACCGGCUCACAUCCUAUCUGCACAUACAUACUACAUAUCUUCACCCAUGCUAAUGUUUUCAAUCAUCAUAUGCCCAUCCAAUGAUAGAUAUAUGUCGGUUCACAACCAUUCAACUUUUUUCGUCUUACUUCCAAUUGAUACGUCUUCAACUGUUAUUUUACUUCAAGGAAUGAGAAAAAGUUGCAUCUGUCUUCGUUUUCCCUCCGCAUUGGCAUUCACCAACCCCUUUAUUGAUAUAGAGCAGUUCAUUUUAUAACUACGCCGCCAUUCUUUGUUUUUUU